AUGUCUGUCGGCUCUGAAAAAGACAGUGUUUGCUUAGAAGUUCCUGAAAUAAAUGACAGUGUGAAUACGAAGGUUUCUGUUUCUGACUUCACUCCCUUGAAGGUUCUGGGCCAGGGAGCAUAUGGCAAAGUUCUUCUGGUGAAAAACAAAUAUACGGGCCGUCUAUUCGCACAAAAGGAGCUGAAAAAAGCUUCAAUCAUGGUUAAUUCCAAAACCUACGAGCGCACAUUUUCAGAACGAACGAUCCUUGCUUCCAUUUCGUCGCAUCCAAACAUUGUUAAAUUGUUCUAUGCCCUUCAUGACGACCAAAAACUGUAUUUAAUUCUGGAAUACAUUCCAGGAGGUGAGCUUUUCCAGCACUUGGCUCAGCGCAGAUUUCUAGAUGAGAAAAGUUCAUCGUUCUAUGUGGCACAGAUGGCUCUGGCCCUUAGACAUCUUCAUGAGAUGGGGGCCGUAUAUAGAGAUCUAAAGCCUGAAAAUUGUUUACUGGAUAAAGAUGGCUAUCUGGUGCUUACCGAUUUUGGGUUUGCAAAGCAACCACUUGACACAAGCUCAGAAAAUUGGUGCAACUCAAUCAUAGGAACUCCAGAGUACUGCUCCCCAGAAGUUGUGAGAGGAGAUGAGUACGGCGUAAAGACAGAUUGGUGGUCAUUGGGAUGUGUGAUGUUUGACCUACUCACUGGUUCACCUCCUUUUACGGGGAAUAAUCAUAAAACCAUUAUUGAUCGAAUCUUGAAACAAAAACCCAAGUAUCCAUUUUAUCUCACAUCUGAUGCCAAAGACCUUCUGGCAAAAUUGCUCAACAAAAAUCCGCAGAAAAGGCUCGACGUAGACUCAGAUUGGUCCAAGUUCACAAAUCAUCGCUUUUUCCGGUACUUCAGAUGGCAAGAUCUUUGUGACAGAAAGGUUCCUGCCCCCAUAAUUCCAACUAUCACAGAUCCUGAGAAAGCCGAGAACUUCGACGCCAGGUUUACAAGUCAGAUGUUCACAAUGUCUGAAGCUCAACCAAUCAACAUUCCCGCCUCCUCAGACGAGCCUGACCACUUCAAAGGCUUCUCGUACACCGCGAGUGACAAUUUAUUUCAGCAUUAUUUAAGCAAUCAUAACUCAUAGACGACGCAGUCGAUCCCUGUUUGUUUUAUUGCCUGUUCUGUCAGGUUCCAUGGAACACCAAAUAUUCCGGCAUUGAUUUUGGGCAUGGCUACCGUAUACUUGUGUUUGGAUUCAUCCAAUUGGCGUUUUAAGUCAUUCAAUGCCAGCCUCGUGUAUUCAGCUAUUUCCUCAGAUGAUUCUUGACCCAUUAUGCUUGUGAACAAGCAGACAACAGAAAGUUUUUCUCCCGUUCCAGGCACAAAUCCCCUGUCGUGGUGGCUCACAGGGAUAAUCAAUGCAGUACCCAGCAAAUUCUCUGGCCUGGCUUUAUGUUCAAGACAGUGUUGAUUGUACACUUUGAAAGUGGAGGCAAAUUGACGUUUGAACUCGGCUGCAAUUCCUCCACCCCAAAUACCGAGGCAAUUGCAAGCGUGGGCAAGAUAGAGCGGAUUGCUAGCAGGGACAGAGGCUAAUUGAAAAAGAUUGCCUUUUAUGUAUUUUAUAGACAUGAUAACGGAUUUAUUU